AUGAUCACGAAACUUGCAGCAAACAUCCCAAACGUCGAAACAGACGAGACUGGGGAGCCGCGGCUCCCUCGAUCAUACACCUUGAAAUUCUUCUGCGACCGUGCAGGCCCAGGAAGCCGGACGUCGAUCUGGAGUCUGCGCGACGGAGGACUAGAUGGCCUCAUGCAGGUCCACGACGGAGAAGUGGACCUGGCCAUCAGCACGCCAGCAGCUCUCAUGGGCAAGGCUUUGACAGGCGAUGCUCCAUUUUCCAAGGCGAUGCCACACCUGCGAGCCAUAGGCACAUUACCACAGAACGACAGGCUGGUCCUCGCCGUCCACCCAAAGCACAACAUCCAAUCCUUUGAAGACCUCAGAAGACAGAGGCCAGCCCUGCGUAUAGCAACGUCCGUGAAUGACGGGACCAAUUUCAUCGGCUACGUCGCCGAGGAGUUCUUGCAUGCCCAUGGAAUCUCGAAAGCCACCCUCGAGAGCUGGGGUGGAGCUCUGCUGACUGCACAGAGGCCCGAGCAAUGUACCGCUCUCGUCGAAGACGGACAGGCGGACGCCCUCCUCCAAGAGGCCAUCAUGACAGUGUGGUGGAGGCGGCUCGUCGAGGAGGACUUGUUGGUUCCACUCCCGGCCGAAGCAGGCGCCUUGGAGAGCCUGCGGAAAUCCGUCGGCCUGGGCACGAAUCCGCUACCGGCAGGCUGGUGGAACAAUCUGUCCACGGAUCUGCCGGCGUUGGAUUUCUCGGAUUUUGUCAUUUUCGUCCGCGACGACAUGCCAAUGGAAGUCGCAUAUCUGCUGACGUGGUGUCUGGUCGAGACAAGGCACAUGCUCGAAGGACAGUACAAACAUAUCCCUCCAGAGAAGAGCCCCUUGUCGUAUCCUCUCGACCCGGGGAGGAUGGCGCAGACGCCGAUACCACUCCAUGAGGGCGCAAAUGUGUACUAUUCGGAAAUGAAAGACCGAUCGAAAGAUGAUAGCAAGCGGAAGAAAGUUAUCUCGCCGUUCUGA